CCGACGACAUUCAAGGCAUUCAAGCUCAUCAAUCAACCUCAUCCAAUCCCAACCGUGCCCCGUCGAGAUUGAUAGCCAAUUGCCAUAACAUCAUCACACGACGAUACCCAGACCGGACACCGCUAAAAUCAUUCAAAAUGGCGGGCCUCCAGCACAACAAGAUGUCCUUGGACCCGGCCAUUGUUAAGCUGGGCCACAUGAACACGAACCGCUACAAGUACUUUCGAUGGACGCCGAGGACAGUCAAGAUCUCCUUGAUGUACGUUGUGGUGGUGCCGAGUAUUCUGGGAUACUUUGCGUACACGACAGAUGGCAAGUGGGACUUCAGGGCAAAGCGCAAGGGCGACGACAUUCGGGAGUUCUAGACGCCUUAACAGUUGACACUGUACAUAAAGGAAACCAGUUUACUGGGGCUCAUAUCAAUACACUUCUGCAAGACAA